AUGUGGCAUAAUGCAAAUUCUUUGCUGUCAAAUAUAACAAAUAGUUAAGAAAACACUAGAGGUUAUGAUUGUUUAGAGAAGAAACAAACAGUGGAGGAAGUUUUGGAGGAAGAAACGCGGAAUAAUUAUAGUGAGGAGGAAGAUAUGAAUAAGGAGUAGUCAAAAGAAUUUGAUCCUCGCGAAUGGAGUUUAAGUAGGUUUGAAAUGGGUCGUUAUUUGGGUAAUGGUAAAUUUGGACAUGUAUAUUUGGCGAGGGAGCGUGAGAAUAAAUUCAUAUUGGCUCUGAAGGUAAUCAGUAAGAGACAACUAAUUUUGUGUCAAUUAACAGGUUCAUUGACCAGAGAAGUGGAAAUUCUCAGUCAUCUGAGACAUCCAAAUAUAAUUGGAUUUUAUGGUUUUUUUUAGACUGAGAAGAGAGUGUAUUUGAUGUUGGAAUGGGCUCCUUUGGGGGAUCUUUAUGGGCUGAUGAAGAAGCAGACCAACAGAAGGUUUAGCGAAGAAAUGGCAUCCACAAUCAUUAAGUAAAUCACAAUGGCAAUUGGAUAUAUGCAUUCGAUGAAUGUGAUCCAUAGAGAUUUGAAACCAGAGAACAUCCUCUGUUUUCAUAAUGACAUCUUCAAGAUCUCUGAUUUCGGAUGGAGUGUACACACUCCUUCAAAUAAAAGGAGAACGUUAUGUGGUACUCUAGAUUAUUUAUGUCCUGAGAUGAUCAAUUACUAGACUCAUGACAAUCGAGUGGAUGUGUGGACUCUUGGUGUGUUGGCUUAUGAAUUGGUAGUAGGCAGACCUCCCUUUGAGUCUCGCAACGAGUAAGAUACAAAAAAGAGGAUUUUGAAUUUGAUAUUCCAAUUUCCCAAUUGGUGCAGCAAAGACUUUCAGAAUUUUACCUUCAAUCACUCAAAUAUUGAAUCAUCCUUGGAUCACAAAAUGACUCUAAUUUAUAUAUUAAUUAUUUAUUCAUUAGUGUAUUUUAAUCUAAUGAUCAGAUUCAUCUUACUUUAGAAUAGAUAGGGCAAAACCAGAUUGUCCAAGUGGUAUGUCUAUUACGAUGAUGCCGAAAAAAUCAAACUGCAAAAUGAGGUCCAUCGAUUGAUUGUCUGCAGAGACACCAAACACACCAAUUUCCUUGAAUUCAGGAAUUAUAAGAUCAUUUACAAACGUUAUGCUGGCUUGUUUUUUGCUUUGUGCGUUGAUGUCUCAGACAAUGAACUCACCAUGCUUGAAUUAAUACACCUUUAUGUUGAAGUCCUUGACAAAUACUUUGGAAAUGUCUGUGAAUUGGAUAUCGUCUUCAAUUUCAACAAAGCAUAUUCAAUUUUCGAUGAGAUGAUUAUCGGUGGAGAAAUUAUUGAAACCUCCAAGUAAGUCAUAAUUAAUGCUGUCAAGAAUAUUGAAUUAUUAGAUUGAUACAUUUUAAGCCAUUUAUUC